AUGCCUGAACAAAUAAUUAAAUCGUUAAAAUUAAUUAAUGUGAAUCCAACAAUCUAUGGACGCUCGAAAGCAUCCCGCAGGAUUUUGGCUCUUUUUGCAACGAAGCACCCGCUAACCCUCGAGGAAUUGAAUGUUACUCAGCUUGAUCAUGUGAAAAUCGAUAGCAAGAACAAUCGCGUGCUUAUCGAAUUCACCCCUACCAUACCGCAUUGUUCCAUGGCUACUUUAAUUGGAUUGUGUAUUCGUGUGAGAUUGUUACGAAGUUUACCCGAAAGAUUUAAAGUUGACAUCAUGGUUAGGAAAGGGACGCAUCAAUCCGAACAAGCUGGUGC